AUGGACCAGAAUCUGCAAAAGUCUGAGUCAAAACGGCACUGGGCGUGUGUGCAGGUGUAUCUGCUGCUGGUGCUCGUGUUGGUGUUCAUCUCAUGCGAAGUACUCCUGCCAGUGUUUUAUCUCAGGAUUUACUUCACUCUCUGGAGGCAGAAUUCCUAUUUCAAAGGCGGGCAGCGUGGGCACAGCGACAGUCGCCGGACCAACAGCCUGCUCCCCAAAGCCAAGACAAAGACGUUAAAGAUGACGUUCGUGAUAGUCGUCACGUUCUUCGUCACAAACACUCCUUACGUCAUACAGGAACUAGUGCUCGCCUUCGGCAAGAACCUCGACCCGAGUGUCAUCGCCAUCUUCGGCAUUAUCUCCGCCUCCAACUCCGCCCUCAACCCCUUCAUCUACCUCCUCUUCUGUCCCAAGAACGAGAGCCGAUCCUCCGAGAGCUACCGCGUUACCUUCAAGAGCCGCUUCACCCUCAACGGCAGGGCGGACAGCCAACACACGCCCGCAUCCGCCCAGGACUCGCUCAUCUCCACCAGCAAGACUGGCAGAUGAACGUGAGCGAAGCCGGCGUUCAGCUGCAGCUGGCUCGCUCAGGGGCGGCCCGGUGAUGCGUAAGGAAAGGGAGGAUGAGGGAGGAAGGACAUGAAGUUAAAGAAAGAGAAAAGUGUCCUGGCUGAACAUACCUGCGAUAAACAGCGGGUAGUCUCAGUUCUGAAUUGCUCACUAAGGCAUUAUCAUUGCAGUCAUUUUCUUGCAUAAGGGAUACAUGCAUAUACACACAUUCCAUGACAACUCUUGACAAGAGAGUCACUGGCGACCAGACGUGUCAAAAGAGAAAACUAAGGAUACAAUAGGCUUGCGCUGCUGCAAGAUGCACAGCGAAAUGUGUUUCUUUAAGUCUGAGAGGAGAGCAUUUACAACAAACUUCAAAGAGCCGAAACACAGAAGGUCCCUCAAGUGUUUCUCGAGAGUCCCAGUGGCCAAUCUGUGAUUUUUUGCACAUGUGAGAAGUGAGGACGAAUAAAAAAGACGUGGUCCUUUUUCAUGUUUUCAUGAAAAGUUUGAAUAUCAAUUUCGAAUAUCUAACAGAAGCCAUUUUACAUAUUGUGAAGGUGUCCGAAUUAUUAUUGUUGUUUUUUUUUUUUCAUGGGAACAUUAAUUCAUGAAUAUUAUAUUUCGUAUAUCACUUAUGUUUUAGGGGAAAUGAAAUAUUAGGGUAAUUUUUUCGGCCUACUGAUAUGUGCAGAUGACCCGUACAAAAAUAUUGUAUAGCGAUUAUUCUUAUGAUACAUCCAUGCCAUUCUAA